CUUUAUAAUUUCCACACGAGUGCAUCUGGGCUCUGAGACAAACCGACAGCAGCUUCUUCUGACAAAUACACACGCACACUCACCCCGACACACACUCAGCACACUUCUCCUCCAUCUGAUUAACAGUCCUGCACACACACUGAUUCCGGGAAAGCGUAAAUAAACACGGAAAGGGUAGAUUAUUUUGACUCCUGGAAGAGCUUUGCUGGGUCUCAGCGCAACUUUUGUUUUUAUAACUGAGAAGGUGAUCUCUCCACGCGUUUCUCUCCCACCAGGAUUCUUUAAAGGAGGAAGAGAGGCAGAGAGAGGGGGGAGAGCAGUGUUUCACUUUAAGACCGGCUGGGCGCCAAGACUUUAGGAGGGGACCGCGGCCGCUAGGACCCCCGCGGCGGCGCGUCGGGACCGGUUCGGAGACGCUGCGAGCGCCGGGCCGUUUCUGCACGAAGUUGGCUCCAGCUCUAGCAGCCGCAUUGGAUCCCACAGCCUACUGCGAGACUCCGGUGUACAAUCCGGAUCUCUGCCCCAACAUGAUCGCGGCCCAGGCCAAGCUGGUCUACCAUCUGAACAAAUACUACAACGAAAAAUGCCAAGCCAGGAAAGCUGCCAUUGCCAAAACUAUCCGGGAAGUCUGCAAAGUCGUGUCCGACGUGCUUAAGGAGGUGGAAGUGCAGGAGCCCCGCUUCAUCAGCUCCCUCAACGAGAUGGACAACCGCUACGAGGGCCUCGAGGUCAUCUCCCCCACGGAAUUUGAGGUGGUGCUUUACCUUAACCAAAUGGGGGUGUUCAACUUUGUGGACGACGGCUCGCUGCCCGGCUGCGCGGUGCUGAAGUUGAGCGACGGGCGCAAGAGGAGCAUGUCCCUCUGGGUGGAAUUCAUUACCGCCUCCGGCUACCUCUCGGCGCGCAAAAUCCGGUCUAGGUUUCAGACGCUGGUGGCUCAAGCGGUGGACAAAUGUAGCUACAGGGAUGUGGUAAAGAUGGUGGCAGACACCAGCGAAGUGAAACUGCGGAUCCGGGAUCGGUACGUGGUGCAGAUCACCCCGGCGUUUAAAUGCACCGGGAUCUGGCCGAGGAGUGCUGCCCACUGGCCACUUCCCCACAUCCCCUGGCCGGGACCCAACCGGGUGGCGGAGGUCAAAGCGGAAGGGUUCAAUCUCUUGUCCAAGGAGUGCCACUCCCUGGCCGGCAAGCAGAGCUCGGCCGAAAGCGACGCCUGGGUGCUGCAGUUCGCGGAAGCGGAGAACAGACUGCAGAUGGGGGGCUGCAGAAAGAAAUGCCUCUCCAUCCUCAAAACCUUACGGGACCGCCACCUGGAACUGCCGGGCCAGCCCCUGAACAACUACCACAUGAAGACUCUGGUUUCCUACGAGUGUGAAAAGCAUCCCCGGGAGUCGGACUGGGACGAGUCGUGCCUGGGUGAUCGGCUCAACGGCAUUUUGCUGCAACUUAUCUCCUGCCUGCAGUGCCGGCGGUGUCCUCACUACUUCUUACCCAAUUUAGAUCUGUUUCAAGGCAAACCUCACUCGGCGCUGGAGAACGCUGCCAAACAAACGUGGCGGCUGGCAAGAGAGAUCCUGACCAACCCGAAAAGUUUGGAAAAACUUUAGAGGGCAAUUGAAUCAACAGCCGAAAUGUGAUUCCUCUUCUCACCCAAUUACGCGUACACUUCCUGUUCGAUUCCUACCUAAUACCCCACUUGACAGUACAAACAAUCUCUUCCUUAAAAAGGAAUACUAACGCAAUGUUUAGGCAUCAUCUCACCCACCCCUCCGAGGAGAGAAAAAAAAGUGGGGGGAGCGGAUAAAGGAAAACCCAGACCCAUAAGUAUUAGAAGAUUUCUUUACAAAGGAUUUCAUAUCUCCCUUGAAAAGUACACAGUGAUACCCGGAAAACAACCCGGCUGUAAUGCAAGACAACAGGGAACACUCUCCUAAUUAUCAAAGGAUUAUAGCAAUCCUGGUGAUUUAGGUGCAUCUGUCUGUGAGUAAACACGAUUUGGAUAUGCCAACCGAAGGAAAGUGUAAUGUAUAUUUUGAUUUGUAACAAAUAUUGUGAUCUCACAUUGUCUUUGAAGUGUGAAUGCUGGUGUUUUGUGAUUUGGUGACCAGAAGUUAAAUUGCCCUUUUGGAUACUUCCAGAGGUUUUCCACUAACAAAGAUACCAUUGAAAGGUAGAUUCCCUCCUGGUACUUUUAUCUGUCUUUGAAAGUGUCUGAACUUUAAAAAAGUUUACAUUUUGUUUCAAAUAUAUUGCUUGUUCUAUUUCUAACAUUCCAUAAAUAUACUUGAAAUGUUAUUUAAAUAUAUUCAAAGAAAUUUGAAUUCAGCUUAUAUAAUAACGCUUGAAUAUCUGAAUUAUAUAUUUGAAAAAUGCACUUGAAAUACACUGGAUAAUUACUUUUGUGAUUUAGAUUUUAAUUUCUGUUGCUGGUUUUUAUUUAAUUAGAAGCUAAUAAAUGAGGUAAAAUAAAAGUUGUUGUGUCUCACGUUAAAUUGUUUUUCUCUGAAAAGAUGUAAUGCUUCAUUUUGAAAAUAGAAUCCACUUGACUAUUUCAAACAUUUUUAAAAAGACGUUAAUGAAAUCAUUAAAAAUAAAACCUUACAAUGUUGGAGAAAAGCUCUUUUUGUAUAGCUGUAGAAGACAAUGAUCUGCUCUCAGUUUCUAACUUAUUUAUAAGACUAUUUCUUUCCACAAUAGACACAAUUUAAAUUUACCCAUGAAAGCUUGCUCUUCUGGGUUAGUAUUUCUGUAGCAUUUUGAAAAUAUGAGGGAAAAAUGUCAUGCAAGUUAAGAUUGCUGAGUUAAAAAUCAGACUAACUCGGAGAAAAUGAACUUAACAAACUCAUAAUGAAAAUUUUGCAAUUUUUAUAUGAAAAUUGUUAAUAAAUGAAGAUAAUUUCUGACCACUUUA